AUGACCGGGUGCGCAUAUGACAGUGUUGGUUACCCAAGCAGGCUACAGAAAAUGGAAUCAAAGAAGAAGCAUAAGAAGGAAACAGUCGGGAAACCUAUUCAUCCUCAUCCCAGCACCCUUACGACGACACUUACUGGAAAACCCCAGAUAAAUAACUACUCCUUUUCUCAAGGUACCAUUAAGUGUAGACAAUUGGGUGCAAUGCUUGGUUUGACAGGUCCCAUUCCAGAUUACAAGAUGAUCACCGACAACCAACUCGCAUUUAUUGCCAAUUCACUAGGUGUAAUGACCAUGCUCCUCAUCGUUGUCUACCAUUACGUCUCCAUCAAUGAUGUCAAAAGAAAAUAA